AUGUCCGCCAGCUCGAGCUCGUCGGGCACCAACCCGUUCGCCGCUGCUGCCGCAGUAGCGAUCUCGGCUGCCACCGCUCAACUGAUCAACAUCAAGUCCCACGUUCCCGUGACGCUUGAUCUCGGCGACUCCAACUUCGGCACAUGGCGCACCUUCUUCCUCAUCGCGUUCCGCAACUUCGGUGUCCUCGACCACAUCGACGGCACUCGGUUCGCCAACCUGAUGCUUGAUGACGCCGAGUGGACGCAGAUCGAUACUUGCAUCAUCUCCUGGCUCUACACCACGCUCUCCUCCGACCUCCUCUCCGCCGUCAUCCAGCCGGCCGACGACGCCUACACCACCUGGACCGCCAUCACCGACCAGUUCCUCGACAACGUCGUGUAUCGCACCGUCCAGGCUCGUCAGCAGUUCCAUGGGGUCCUGACCGACACCCUCCGCGACAUCGGUGCUCCCGUCUCCGACCCCGACCUCGUCGUCAGCCUCCUCAGCGGCCUCAACUACAAGUUCACCAACUGCGUCACCACCAUCUCCGCCGCGCGCCCCAGGAUGACGUUUCGCCAAGCCCGGUCGUUCCUUCUACAGGAGGAACUCUGGAUGAACACACGGGCUCAGAAGGCUGCCGCCACCGCCCUGCUCUCUUCGUCGCGUUCCACAGGCGCAUCUCCCGCAACGCUCGCCGCCGGAUCCGCGCCUCCUACUUCUCCGUCCAUUCCGCAGGCCAGUGGCCAGCACUCCGGCGGGAACGACAACCGUGCACGAAAGCGCAAGAAGCAGGAUAGCCGCCCUCGCAACAACCAGGGCUGCACGAACACUGGUGGCCAGUCACGCGGCGCUCCCACGGCCGCCUCCUGGGACAACCCCUGGCACGGCGUGGUCCAGGCUUGGCCGCUCGCGGGACUUCCAUAG